ACGCGGUUAACGCAACCCUUUGAUGGUGGGAUUCUACUGUCGUUUUUAAUUGUUUUGUUAGUUAAAUACAAAUUGUACUGGUAAAAGAAAAGUACGCGUCUUCUCCAUCACCCUUUCCAGGGUCUAGAGUUCAUCAGGAAAUUGGGAGUUUUAAGGUGAAAGAUGACGCAGUUUUUGCCCCCGAAUCUGCUGGCCUUGUUUGCGCCGCGGGACCCCAUCCCAUUUCUGCCGCAGUUGGAGAAGCUUCCCCAUGAAAAACAUCACAAUCAACCAUACUGUGGUAUUGCACCGUUCAUCAGGCACUUCGAGGACCCUAGAGAUGCUCCUCCACCAACUAGGGCAGAAACACGUGACGAAAGAUUGGAGAGAAAGAGAAGAGAGAAGAUUGAAAGGAGACAGACGGUGGUGGAGACGGAGCUCAAGCUUUGGGAUCCCCACAAUGACCCCAAUGCACAAGGGGAUGCUUUCAAGACAUUGUUUGUUGCAAGGGUGAACUAUGAUACAACAGAGUCCAAGCUUCGGCGCGAGUUUGAGGUUUAUGGACCAAUCAAACGGAUCUACAUAGUGUAUAACAAGAGGACGGGGAAGCCACGAGGCUACGCAUUCAUCGAAUAUGAACACGAACGCGACAUGCACUCUGCCUACAAGCAUGCAGAUGGGAAGAAAAUUGACGGCAGAAGAGUGCUUGUGGACGUGGAGCGAGGGCGCACUGUCAAAGGAUGGCAUCCCCGCAGGCUAGGUGGUGGACUUGGUGGCACCAGGAGAGGUGGAGCAGAUGUAAACAUCAAGCAUUCAGGCCGAGAUGAUGCAUCGCGCUAUGAUGACCGGGCUAUUGGAGGGGAUCGUGAAAGGGACCGGGGAGAAAGGAGAGAGCGCAGCCGUGAGCGUGACAGGGAUAAGGAUCGCGAGCGACGGAGGUCCCGUUCUCGUGAGCGUCGCCGCCGCACCCGGUCCAGGGAGAGGGAAAGGGGGUCUGCCAUGGCUGUGGGGGUACCCGGGGAGGAGAACAGUGGGGGCAGUAGACGUCGAGACCGUGAGAGAGAGCGUGGUGCUGCUGGAGGGCCCGACAGCCGCAGUAGGGAGAGAAGCCGUGAUAGAGACAGGAAGAGACGCAGCCGAAGUCGUGAGCGGAAGAGAGAGAGGGAGAGGGGUAAGGGUUUGGAGGGAGAUGAGAGCAGCAUGGGCCUAGGAGAUGGCACAAUUGGAGAGGGAGGUGACCGAAUGCCAGAGGAGCAUGAAGUUGAGGAGGGGGCUGAGGGGUUUGAAGAGCGCACUAGGGACAAAGACAGGGAGAGAGAUCGUGACCGCAGACGAAGCCAUAGGGAUAAGGACCGCGACAGAGACAGAGAAAGGCGUAGAGGAGACAGGGAUAGAGACAGGGAGCACAAGAGAGAUCGUGGGGACAGGGAGAGGGGUGGAGGGGAUCGUAGGGAUGAAAGACAUGGCUCCAUGCUCUCGCGAGAUGACAUGGGCCCCUCGAGUGACAUGGGCAAUGGAGACGAGGGAGAUGCACCGCCACCAAUGGAAGAAUACAGCCAGGAUGGCAUGAUGAUGGACCAGGAGUCAGUGCAGUCUGGUGAAGGAUAUGGCUCCAAUGAGAAUGGCUACAAGUUGGAGAUGCAAGGAGAAGAAUACUGAGAAGCCUUUUUUUUCUUCCUUCCACACAGACUUUCAUAAUUCAUACAAGACUUCUUUUUUUUUAAGUUGUGUGAUUCUGAAGAAUGAUGUAAUAAUUUAGAAAAACGUUACUCUGACUGUCACAUGACGGUUAAGGCAUAGGAACCAUAAGUCAUAGCUGGAUCUCCUUAACACCAAAACCAGACCUACAUCCAUCCUUCACAAAUUCUCAGUGUAAUUUUGCUCGUUUUCACAAAGGACUGACUGAACUCCAUCAAGGAGGCGGCAAUGCUUUUGCUUGACUUACUUGUGCCACAAAAUGUUCAUAGUGUAUUUUAGAAUUAAAGCUUGGUAUAACUUUUAUGUUUCCCCCCAUUUCGAUGAUUUGACUAAGCAGAAUUGUAAUGCAUUGAGGGCUCUUCACUUUUUUCCUCAUGAAUUGCAUAUUGAUGGUAGUUAAAUUUGUUUGGUCAUUUUGGAAUUCCAUGUGUCAUUUAAUUUUAUUUCUGUUCCCAAACCAGAGGAAGCCUUUUUAAAUCGCCCUUUUCUUCAGUUAGACUUAUCAGAAAGUUGUAUGUAAAAUUGAUGGGAAUCUAGUUCUGCAUGAUCAUGAGUAGACUGGUUAGAUUUUCAAUACGUCAACUAAAUCGAGGACCUCUUUUGUUUGAACAGCUUCGUUCUGUUUAGCAUCUUUUGUUUAUUGGAAUAAAAACAAUUUUUACCAUU